UUAAUCGGUUUCAGCUGGUCCUAAUGUUACAAAAAGAGCUCAUAUUUAAGUCAGUUCAUCAGAAAGCAAUGUUUGAGCACCAGCUAUGCUUAGAUUCCCUCGUUCAGUAUUCAUUGAGCACCCAGUGUGUGAGAGCGCCUGGUUUUGCCCUCAAGGAGCUUAGAGUGGAGUUUACAUGAAUGAAUCACUGAUUAGCGGCAGGCCUAAGUGUGGGCACUGUCGCACCACACACCCAGAUACUACUCCAGGCACGGGCAUUAGGGGCUCCCACAGGCUGGACAGGCCUUGGACUUUCCUUGUUGAACCGUGAAGCCGCGGUGUUAGCCCGCACUCCACUGUGGGUGGCUGGUCCGGCCCCGCGAGGAGGCGCCGCUCUCAAACCCCACGGUCCCGCGCAGCGAAGAGGCGAGGCGGCCGCGGAAGGCAGGCGCAGCCCACUCUUGCCAAGAGGCCCCGACAUCUCCCGGAUAAUCUGGAGCUUUCAAAAUGUUUGCCAAAGCAACAAGGAAUUUUCUUAGAGAAGUUGAUGCUGAUGGUGACCUGAUUGCAGUAUCAAAUCUGAAUGACUCUGAUAAGUUACAGCUUCUAAGUCUGGUGACAAAAAAGAAGAGAUUCUGGUGCUGGCAGAGACCCAAGUACCAGUUUUUAUCCCUCACCCUUGGCGAUGUACUCAUAGAAGACCAAUUUCCGAGUCCAGUGGUCGUGGAGUCAGACUUUGUGAAAUACGAGGGCAAGUUUGCAAACCACGUGAGUGGAACCCUGGAGACUGCACUGGGGAAGGUCAAGCUGAACCUGGGGGGCAGCAGCCGCGUGGAGAGCCAGUCUUCAUUUGGAACCCUGAGGAAGCAGGAGGUGGAUUUGCAGCAGCUCAUCAGAGACUCUGCCGAGAGAACAAUAAAUCUGAGAAACCCUGUGCUCCAGCAGGUGCUGGAGGGAAGGAAUGAGGUCCUGUGCGUUUUGACACAGAAGAUCACGAUGAUGCAGAAGUGUGUGAUCUCUGAGCACACGCAGGUCGAGGAGAAGUGUGGCGGCAUCGUGGGCAUCCAGACCAAGACGGUGCAGGUAUCAGCGACGGAGGAUGGGAAUGUCACCAAGGACUCCAAUGUGGUGCUGGAGAUCCCAGCUGCCACCACCAUUGCCUACGGUGUCAUUGAGUUAUACGUGAAACUGGACGGCCAGUUUGAGUUCUGCCUUCUCCGAGGGAAGCAAGGUGGCUUCGAGAACAAGAAGAGAAUUGACUCUGUCUACCUGGACCCCCUGGUCUUUCGAGAGUUUGCAUUCAUAGACAUGCCAGAUGCUGCGCAUGGGAUAUCUUCCCAGGAUGGACCAUUAAGUGUUUUAAAGCAAGCGACCCUGCUCCUGGAGAGGAAUUUCCAUCCAUUUGUGGAGCUGCCUGAGCCACAACAGACAGCUUUGAGUGACAUCUUCCAGGCGGUCCUAUUUGAUGAUGAACUACUCAUGGUCCUGGAACCAGUGUGUGAUGACCUGGUCAGCGGCCUCUCACCCACAGUGGCAGUGCUGGGGGAGCUGAAGCCCCGGCAGCAGCAGGACCUUGUGGCCUUCCUGCAGCUGGUGGGGUGCAGCUUACAGGGUGGGUGUCCAGGCCCCGAGGAUGCGGGCAGCAAGCAGCUGUUUAUGACAGCCUACUUCUUGGUCAGUGCCCUCGCAGAAAUGCCAGAUAAUGCAGCAGCUCUGCUGGGCACUUGCUGCAAACUCCAGAUCAUUCCCACACUGUGCCACUUGCUUUGUGCUCUGUCUGAUGAUGGAGUAUCUGAUCUUGAAGACCCAACCUUGACUCCCCUGAAAGAUACAGAAAGGUUUGGGAUUGUGCAGCGCUUGUUUGCCUCAGCUGACAUUAGUCUGGAGAGACUGAAGUCAUCUGUGAAAGCUGUCAUUCUCAAGGACUCUAAAGUCUUCCCACUGCUUCUUUGUAUAACCCUGAAUGGACUCUGUGCUUUAGGCAGAGAACAUUCAUGAUGUCAUAUGUGAACUAGAAGUACGUGUUAUUGGCCAAGGCUAUUUUUCAGAACUGUUAAAGGUCGUAUGCACGUUAAAAGUUGACCAAUGAAAUGAAUUUACAGAACAGUUUAAGAAGUGGUGACAUUUUGCAUGAUGAAUGACCUGACUUUUAGCCACCAGGUACUCUUAGUUUUCCUUAUCAGAGGCCCUCCUGUGCUGGUGACCCAGCAUCUGAGUUAGGUUCCAGCACGUAAAGAGCUGGGAGGGUGGAGAAUUCUUAGCAUACAUUCAGACGUUUUUUCUGCACAAUAAUAAGUCCAUCUGUCACUUGAAUUCCACUUUUUGUUACAUAGAAAGAGUCUGACCCUUUAAUCCAAAAGGUCUUUACAUUGUGAAUGCUGUGGGAAGGCAAUUUCUCUGCACACAAGAGGCUACGUUUUGGAAGUGAUGUAUGUUAUUUGAUGACUGAAAAUGAACUGUAAAUGCUCUAGAGUAUAUAAACUUUAAAAAAAUCUAAUAGUAACACACCCCUGCUUGGGACCCUAGCUAUAUGCAUUUUAUGUGACCUUGCCAUGCUUCAGUGAACAUACUAAUUCUAUGUCUAGCACAUGUUGAUUUCCUAUGUAUUCUGGGUAUUCUAUUAAAGGAAACUUUGAACUA